AUGGAGUCUAUUGGGAAGUUUGAGUUCAGUAGAAAAGAUCUCAUUGGACAUGGAGCCUUUGCAGUCGUCUUUAAAGGCAGACACAAACAGAAAUGUAACUGGGAAGUUGCCAUUAAAUGCAUUAACAAGAAAAAUCUGGCCAAGUCUCAGUCAGUGCUUGGUAAAGAGAUCAAAAUAUUAAAGGAACUAAGACAUGACAAUAUAGUUCGUCUACUUGAAUAUCAGGAGAUUGGUGGUUGUGUGUAUCUAGUUAUGGAGUACUGUAAUGGAGGAGACUUGGCUGAGUAUCUCCAGUCCAGGGGCACCCUGAGUGAAGACACUAUUCGCACUUUUCUUCAGCAAAUCGUUCAAGCCAUGAAAGUCCUUCAGGGCCAAGGCAUUCUGCACAGAGACCUCAAACCUCAAAACAUCUUGUUGAGUCAUGGUGAAGGGAGAAGAGCAAGUUCUCUCAACGUGUGCCUCAAAAUAGCUGACUUUGGGUUUGCUAGGCAUCUCCAGACAAAUGCCAUGGCUGCCACGUUGUGCGGCUCUCCUAUGUACAUGGCCCCUGAAGUCAUCAUGUCCCAGAACUAUGAUGCAAAAGCAGAUCUCUGGAGUAUUGGGACCAUCAUUUAUCAGUGUCUUACAGGAAAGGCCCCAUUUUAUGCCAGCACACCACAGGAGCUCCGUCUUUUUUAUGAAACCAACCGGACACUCUUGCCCAGCAUACCAAAACUGACCUCCAGUAACUUAAGACAUCUAUUGUUGGGACUGUUGCAAAGAAACCCUAAAGACCGGAUGACUUUUGAGGAGUUAUUUCACCAUCCUUUCAUAAAUGUGGACUCGACAGCAAAAAAAUCAGGUGCAAUGACUACAGUGCUACACCCAAGCAGUGGCUCUUCUAGUUGUGGUUCUUCUCAUCCUGCUCACUCUCCACAGGUCCCUUUAGGAUUUCCAUUGACACAGGAAGUGGAAGAUCUUCAAAAUAAUUCAUUCUUCCCAGAUGAAUAUGUUUUGGUGCCUACCCAAUCUCCCAGUGAAUACACCAGUGAUGUGGAAUCUGAGUCUCCUAUUGCAAGUUGUCUGAUUAACAGUGGAGGCUCUCUAACGUUGCAAAUCAAUAAAACUGUAGUUGAAGGGACAACACCACCCUUUUCUCUAUUUCCCCAUUCUUGUUCAUCUGAGAGCAAACCUUUGACGGCCACUCCUCGCAUCCGCUCCUUGCCCAUUCCAGUGCCCUCUCAGAUCCACAAUUAUCGGCGAAUUGAACACAACCUGCAGCCAGCAGGUUUGCAUGGCUCUACCAGAGUCAAGCUUUGUUGUGCUAAAAACAGCAGUCUGCCUUCAGAACUUUCCAACGAAGGGGCAAGGCCACAACACUCUUCUCCUGAAGUUGGAAUUAUACCACAAGUCAUUGAGCCAUCGUUUCCGCUCGGCACCAAGACUUCAAUGCUCACUGAUAUGAAGGGCUCUAGCGGGUUGCACAAAAGGAGAAGAACCUUUGGGGACUUGCCAUAUGUUCCCUUUAAUAACAGUGGAGAGCGUAUUAAAAGAACAAUGAGCACUGGCAGACUGUCUGACAUGCUUCUGAGAGCAGCUUAUGAAGCUACUCUUAUGGAGGGGAGUUCACAGGAGAGCCCUUGUGAGGCUGACAUGGAUGGAUCUCCAGUAAAUGUCUUCACAGUUGAGUCACCAAGACGAGCAAGUGUUCCUAGCACAAGGCUGCUACCUGACUCUCCCACUUAUAAGAACUCUCCCUGGCUCACUAGUCGUCCUCUUCAGAGAGGAGCUUGUAGAAAUUGUGAUACUGAAGCUUGGGACGAAAGUCCAUUGACCAAUGUGAUGUUUCAUCCUCCUCUGCUUCCUGAAGACACACUGAUGGAGCAAUCCCAUACAGAUUCCUUGAAUAAUCUGCGCUUCACUUUGGCUUUUGUUCACUGCAUUAUGGAGUUGGCUGCAUCAAAGGAUCCAAGCCUGAAUACAACCAGCACUCCUGAUGUUUCCUUUUUAGACGAGAGCAUGGUGACUGAUCAAAUUAGCCUUCUCAGUCGCGAGUGGAGUUAUGCCAGUCAAUUAGUGUUGUACAUGAAGGCUGAGGAUUUUCUUUCAUCUGCUUUGCACGCUGCCAAAGAGGAUAUUAAACAAGGCCAACUCCUUCCCUCUGUAACUGUAAAGCAAGUAAUUCGGAGACUUAAUGAAAUGUACAAAAGCUGUGUGUCCUACUGUCGCUCUCUGAAUGAUCAACUACAAAACUUCCUCCUUGACAAACAGAAACUCAUUGAUCGUUUCAAUGGACUAACAGCAGAGAAGCUCAUUUAUAGCCACUCUGUGAACAUGGUGCAGUCUGCUGCCCUUGAUGAAAUGUUUCAUUAUGGACUGGCUUCAGAGCAGAGAUACCACAAGGCACUUAUUCUUAUGGAGGGCCUAUCUAGGGUCCUCACAGAAAAAAAUGAUAUUGACAGUGUGGAGAAAUGUAAGCAGUGUAUUGAGCGGCGCCUGACAGCACUUCACAUCUUCUAA